AUGUCUUCUACCCCUCAAUCCUUCCGUGAGAUCAUCGGGAUCCCCCGCUCCUCAGCUUCCCCGCAGGACUCAACCCUCAUCAUUAUUGACGCCCAGAACGAAUACGCCACAGGCGCCCCUCAAGACGGAAAAUCCGGUAACGGCAAAAACAUCGUACACGUCGUACAUGAGGUGCCCGAAGGCGCACCCGUAUUCACGCCAAACACCCCCCUAGCGCAAGAGUUUGAGGAACUCACCCCUCAAGGCGAAGAGAAAGUGGUCACCAAGAACUUUCCUAGCUCAUUCGCAAAGACCGAUCUGCAUGCCUAUUUGCAAGGUCUAGGCGAUGUAGGAAAGAAAGUCGUGUUGGUUGGCUAUAUGGCGCAUGUCUGUGUCUCCACCACUACCCGAGCGGCUGCUGAGCUUGGAUAUGAUGUGCUCGUCGUGAAGGAUGCAGUUGGUGACAGGGAUAUCCCUGGUGUCAAGGCCGAGAAUUUGGUGUCUGUUGUGUUGGGUGAGCUGGCGGAUGGGUUCGGGACUGUUGUCUCCGAGAAAGAUAUUCGUGCAUAG